AUGAACAAUAGUAUAAAAUGUUUUCACGACAAGCUUCACAUAUUCUACAGGUUCUCCCAGCAUAUGUCGACCUCGAGUGAUGUUGCUCUCUCAACUUUACCAUCUAUAGAGCAAGACUCGAGGCUGGUGAGACGAGGUGACUUCCGAGGUGUGGUAGCAGGAAAAGAAAAGAUCAAAACUAGUAAUCCCGAUGUUAUCCUUUCAAAAAUUCAAGAAAACCUGCGUAAAAAUUACCGAAUCAGUGGAGAUGUUGUUCUGUUUGACAUUGUGAGACAAAUGGAAAAAGGAAACGGAGACUUCAAGAAUCACAUCACUCGAGCGUCAGAAAGAUGGAUUCCGCUCAUUAUUCAUAGUUGUGGCCACCCGUUAUCAAAUAUCGAGAAUACUUUAAAAAACGAGAUUCUAGAUAGACUGUGGGCACAGCUGAAUACUGAUAUCGGACCGCCGCCUGUUUAUGGUUGGAACGCCCGUUUCCGUGUGUUGAAUGAAAAUGGAACAGAAUGGGAUCCUGUAAAAGAAUUAGAUCAAAUGGAAAGGGCUGGAAUUGAACCCAACGUUGCAACUUUCCAUGAAGUUGUUAAUAGAGUAGCUGUUUCUGGAGAUGUAGAAGGAUUGAAGAAUAUGGUCUACACAAUGGCACGAAAAGGAUUCGCAGUGGAUGCUCAUAUCAACGCAGCUUCUGUUUUCGCUUUUUCUAUCAGAGGUCACUACAAGAAAGCUGACUCCUUAUGCCAGAUUGAAAAUCAGGCUGCAACCAAAUACGGAGAAAAUGGGUCAUUAUUGGCUCAUGGAGCCGCUGUACGUGCGGCAGCUUGUCGUGGAGACAAUGAUCGUCUUCGACAAAUCCUUCGAAAAUGUAUAAUCGCGUCGACAACAAAGUUAGCGUUGUCAGCUGAUGAUAUUUUAGAAACAGUUUGGCAUAUGGCAGAAAAGAGUAGAGAUGGAAAAGGAGCAGAGUGUUCACAAUUAGUGGAGCAAAUGCUAAACUGUACUUCAAGAGACGAAGGAUUCUUUCGAAAACUCUUCCGAGAAAUCGAACGGCAUAUUUGUCAUCGGCACUAUUAUACCGCGCUUUCACUGUUAGAAGACACUAAACGAGUGUCGGAUUGCUUGGAGAAUCAACGAAAAAGUACCUUCCUUCACCAACUGGUUGGACGACUUUCGACACAACUCAUCCGAAAUCAAGAACCAGCACACCUGAUUCGAGAUAUUGCCAAUCGAGUCCAUUAUACAUUCAACAGGAAGAACUCAAACCUCCGGAUUCGUAUGUAUGAUGAUCUGUUAUACGCUACUUUGAUGUUGAAAGAUAUGGAUUUAGACGACAGGCUCGAGUAUUUUAGAAAUUUCAUCGACGAAAUAGACGUCAAAAGAGAGAGAAUUCAUAUCACUUUGCCUCUGAUGACAAGCGAAUCCGAUGUCAACCAACGUCUCGCCAUUCUUUUCCGACUCACUACAAUGGGAUAUCGGGAAUGGUCAAGCAUUGAAACCGAGCCGCUCGUUCGCACGAUACUCCAACCUCUCUACAAUAACGGUCGCCCGUUCCGAGAUUUAUCGAGAUUGGAUAAACUUUCGAGAGUUCUCAAAAGUUAUGGCAUUACGGAACGUCAAACUUGGUUGAUUUUACUUCAAUGGUCGAAAAUAAGAGCGAAAGAGGAAAAACAAAUACCAGAAGAUCAACGGAGUCGACCUUUUGCCAGAGAUCUAAGAGGCUGGUGUCGUGCGUACUAUUCUGAAACAUUUGAGACUCCAAAGGCGACACAUAAGAAAUCGGUGCCGAUUCUUUAUGAAAAACUGAAGUCAUGUGUUGACCAAGGAGACAUUACAAAGGUUUCUUCAGUUCUGAGCAGCAAUGGUUGGCCAACGGACACUAAUUUUGUUGAGAUUGUUCCGUCCGCUUUGAACUUGUACUUGAUGCACGAGUCAUGGAAGAAUGUUCAUCAAAUGUUGGAAGGACUAUCUCCGUUUUCAUGUGAAUGGGAUGAGGAUCCUUCGAAGACGCCUAUGAAGAAUUAUCACUUACUGAGCGUGCUCAGAAGAAUGGCAGAAGAAGAUGAGCAGUUAUCAAUCAGAGGGAUUACUGACUACGCGUAUGAACUCAGAACACUGUUUCCUAAUGCUUCCUGCUAUUACGAAGGAUUCUUCGAAACCCAAAACGAGUACAAGAAGUUAUUUGCCAAAUGCUUCGAACGUUUGGAACGUCAAGGAUUUACACAAAACACUGUCGACGAGCUCAUUGAUUUCCUACGCUGUCUUGUCAAGCUAGAUCUUAUUCAACUGCAUCCCAGUGAAACGCUCACUGUCUUCUUCAUCAAUAUUCUUCUGAAGCGAGUUGGAUGGACGGAAGCUUUGAACACGUGGCAAAAGUUUCUGUCAAGCCUCCAUUGCCCCAACGGAACAGUAGCUUUGUUAAGAUACUGUUUACAACAAAAUUCGGAUGAAUCGAGGAAAAAUUUACAGUUUGUAAUCCAUCGUGGUGCAACAUUCCUUUCUCAAUCCAGGAUGCGUGCAAUGCAUUUGGCUGUUCUGAUUGGAAUGCGUCGUUUCGAAGAAGCUGAAAAAACAUGUGAGCAAUUAACAACGGAUAUCGAUCCCAACGACUGUCUGAUGGCGAUGCGCCUGAUGAAUGCAAUGAAGGCUCGUUCUUUUGAUGAUCAAUUCAUGUUAGACUACGCGGCACUCUGUCUCCGAAAGUUAAAUUUAGCCAGCAAUAAAGAAGCAGCUCAAAGUAUGCAAGCUGAUUUACUCAGAAUCUGUGGUAACGCUCGUAUUUCAAUGUUAUUCAACACAUCACUUAUUGCAGACUCUCGUCAUAUGGGACCCACAGCUCUCCGUGUCUAUGAUCUUUUUUCAGAGUAUGAUGUAGAACUGAGGGAUGAGGAGAAAAAUCGGUUAUCAGCAGUGAUUGAGAAACACUCAAGUCUAUCAAAAAAAUGGAUCUUCAAACCCGAUGGUUUCUUGAACAUCGCUGCCGAUGAUGACAUAAUUACGGGAAGCGAAGAAGCUCGAAUUCAAGAGAAAUUGAGAAAAGUUUCAUGA